CCUGAGUCAAGCCAUGUUGUUCCUGAGUCAAGCCAUGUUGUUCCUGAGUCAAGCCAUGUUGUUCCUGAGUCAAGCCAUGUUGUUCCUGAGUCAAGCCAUGUUGUUCCUGAGUCAAGCCAUGUUGUUCCUGAGUCAAGCCAUGUUACAGCAGAUCUUCACAAGCCAAGUCAAAUUGCUGCUGUCUUCCCUGAGCUAAGCCACGCCACGGUUGUUCUUCAUGAGCCAAGUCAAGUUGCUGCUAUUGUCCCUGAGCCAAGUCAAGUCACAGUUGACCUUCACAAGCCAAGUCAAGCCACGGCAGGCCUCCCUGAGUCAAGUCCGGCCACGGCAGGCCUCCCUAACUCAAGGCAAAAAGCUAUUAUCCUACCAAAUCCUCAUCUGGUCCCCUAUAACAUUUCUGACCCAAGCCACGCAGAGCCCACGCUCCCAAGCCACGCAGAGCCCACGCUCCCAAGCCACGCAGAGCCCACGCUCCCAAGCCACGCAGAGCCCACGCUCCCAAGCCACGCAGAGCCCACGCUCCCAAGCCACGCAGAGCCCACGCUCCCAAGCCACGCAGAGCCCACGCUCCCAAGCCACGCAGAGCCCACGCUCCCAAGCCACGCAGAGCCCACGCUCCCAAGCCACGCAGAGCCCACAUUCACAAGCCACAAGCCCAUAACAUCAGCACCCACAAGGUCAACAGACACCCCACUAGCUA